AGUCCAUGGCAACUGCAUUUCCCUUCUUAAGAGCUUCAUAAGCUCUGAGAUCUGUGCUGCUACCUCUGCCUUUGUAGGUGAAAUUUGAAGCAUGGGUGGUGACCAGUCAAAUUCUGCCUGACUCAGCGUGUUCCUUGAGAUGUGGUGGUGUGGAACAGACCUUCUCUCCCAGCCCUGGGUUCUUUUCCUUUGCUUUCAAGAGCUUUACCAUAUAUGGUGGCACACACACGCUCCAGACUCCUUUUAUUCAGCUCAGCAUCAGCUGGCCUCAUGUCUCAUUCAGCUUGUCCAGCAUGUCAUGACUGGGGGCCUUCUGCCAAUGUGAUGCUGAUUUUGUCUUGCAUCUGUGCUGUCUCUCCUGUUCCUGGGGAAACUUCAGUAGGUUCGAGUGAAAAUACCUUUUGGGAAUAAAUACCUUGACGCCAUCUUUUCUGUUCCAAAGAAGAAGUUAAGAUACGGAGUGAUUCUUACCCACGGAGCCGGAGGAGAUAUGAAUUUCCCUCACUUAGUUUCUUUGGCAACCUAUCUUGCAUCCUAUGGAAUUCUGUGCCUGCGGUUUACUUGUAAAGGCCUUAACAUUGCUUAUAGGACUAAAGCUUACAAAGCAGUUGUGGAAUACUUAAAGCUUUCUGGUGAUUAUAAACUUUCAGGUGUCUUCCUUGCAGGCCGUUCCAUGGGCUCACGAGCUGCUGCCUCAGUGAUACGUCAGCUCAGCCAAGAUGAUGAUGAUGAUGGCUUCAUUCAAGGUCUAGUGUGUUUAUCUUACCCGCUGCAUCGACCGAAACUGCAGUCCAAGCUCCGGGAUGAAGAUUUAUUAUUUAUCAGGUGUCCGGUGCUGUUUGUCUCGGGAUCAGCAGAUGAGAUGUGUGAAAAACAAUUGUUAGAAGGUGUGGCAAGCAAAAUGAAAGCCCCUAAAAAAAUCCAUUGGAUUGAUAAAGCAAACCAUGGGAUGGCUGUUAAAGGACGAGGAGAAGAUGAUGUCAUGGAAGAAAUAAACACACAAGUUUUUUCCUGGCUUAGAGAGAACAUCGAACUGGAGCACAAAUGACUUGCAGUGGUUAAGUAGUGUCUUCAAUCAGCUUUUUCCUAAAUGCAACAAAUCAGUUUGAGACAUGCGUUUUUGAAAACAAGUAUUUUAGAAGUCUAAGGGUAAAUGUAAAUAAAACUUUUUUUUUUAUGAAUGGACAAAAAUAUGCAAUACAAUAAGAAACAUUUGAAAAGAAAGAUGGGAAACAUCAAAUAUUCAGUGUCUGGACAGCAUUGUUUUUAGUAUUUCCAUGCAAAAACUAUAUGCAACACUUAAUGCACUGCAUUACCAAGUAAAUGGUUUUUGACUUGUUUUUUUUCAGUAUAUUACUUCAAAUAUUAUUUGGACACCAAAUCUUCAGAUGCAUUUUUAUUUCUGAGUCUAUUACUGAUGCUAUCCUUGUUUGAACUUAAAACCUACUAUCUGUAGUAUUCUGUGCGCAUAUCCCCCAAGGCUGGACAGUGAGGGUUUUACUGCUGGUACCUUGGUGCCCUAUUGGGGCAUUCUGCUGUGCUACAUGAACUGUGAUGGGAGUAGAUUGGAUAAGAUUGGACCAGAUGACCUUGAAGGUCUCCGCCAACCUUAAUGAUUCUAUGAUUCUAAAUACUUCAUAGGUGCCUGCAGGUGUUGUCUUCCCCAUUAUAGGCUGUUUGACCUGUGGGUAUAACUAGGUUGUAGCAAAGGGCUAACUGCCUUCAGCCAAUGAUCAGCACGUAUCGGCUGAGUGAUGACCUGAGUUGAAAUGGCUGGUUGGUCCUGAGACAAACACCUUGACGUUGUCUUCUGAGACACUGGGAUCAUCUCUGCUGUCAGGAGUUCCCUACAGCCUCCUCUGGUUGUUCUGCAUCGUUAUGGCUUGCAGCUUGCUGCUGCUGCGCAAUCAGUUCCCCGUUCUAGUCUGGAGGUGGUUCUUGGGAGUGACUGCUGUGUGCGGCAGCGCAGAGCUGCUUAAAUGCGCUGAGUCAGCUGUGGUGAGCUCGGAGGAUUUCUCUGAGGAUUUGGUCAGGUGAUUGCAUCUGCUAGCUUUGUUCUGGUGCUGUAGUGUAAAAGGUCAGGUGAUUACUGUAAAAAAAAAAAAUUAUUCACGAGUAGGUUAUUGUAGUUAAAUUACACCGCUUUUCAAGUGAUCGAACAAACUAUACUUUAGGCUUGCUUUUACCAUAGCAAAAAUAAUCAAUAGGCAGAUGAAAGUUAAAAACCGGAUAUAACAUUCUGUCUUUCCUUACAAGGUGCCUCAAGAAUGUUUAUCACUUAUCAGUAAUGUUGUUUAAUAUGCAUGGGACGCAUCUAGAUGCUCACAGCCAAUUUCAAAAGGCAUGUAAAGAAAAUAGCCACACAGGUUUUAAGUUGACUGUUUUACAGAGAAAAUAAAUCCUCACUUUUGACUGGGGAGGUGUGUUCAGACUUUAGAAGGUGAUGAAUUUAGACUCAACUUUACAUCCACCAGUGUAGCAUUUUGUGAUGAUGUUGAUAUGUUCAGAAAGUAGCAGUUGAGUUACUUAAUACCAGUGGAAAAUAGGUAUUUUAAGAGCAGAAUCAAGUUGUAAAAGAAUGAUUGCUUUAUUUUCAAUAGUCACUGCUCAGUGCCACUUUAUUUUUUUAAUAUUUCCGAAGGGACUGAGUUUCACAGACAAAGCAUCUGUGAAAAAUCAGUUUUUAUCUAAGAUAAGUGUCCAAUAGAGUUGUGUUGUUCCUUCAGCUUAAAGAAUACAAACCCCACAUCAUUGUCUUUGAGAAUAUUGACUGUCUCAGAAGGAACAAAAUUAUGGUCUGAGAAUGAUUGCUUUUGACAGGCAUGCUGGGGAGCAGGUUUAUAAUUCUUAUCUGGCCGUUUUUGCAGAACAUGCUAGACUCAGUAUCCCAAGCAUCUUGUGUGCGUAAGAAGUAUCUCAGGACAGUAACAAAUAACUGAUAGAAACAUGUUUUUUAUUUAAAAAAAGUUAUAAAAUGUGUGUUGAACAAGGCUCUGUGAUUGCUCCGUGAUAAAAAGGAAACAGGCGAUGGUUGGUUGUCUUCCAUGUGUAGAUCAUGAUAGAGUAAACUUCAAAAUAACCGUUUAAUUCAAGGUUUCCUUCUGUCCCGAAGAAGUGAUUCUGAAUGUAGGUAAAUAUUCAAAAAAACGAUUUUAUUUCUUUCUGUCAAAGUUCAUCUUUGGUCUGUAAUCGAGAAAGAAGAAACAUUAUUGAAAAUUGAGUUUCCAAUUAACUGAGAAGUCUAGUCCUGCAAACACACUAAGAAAUGAUUUUAAGCCACUAAUAGUCUGGUGACAGAAUGUGUGGUAUCGAGCAAUGGUUGUUCCAAUUUGGUUGAGUACAAACUGCAGACAUUCAGCACUUUACAUGUAACACCAUAUAUAUUGUACCUUUUUUCUGUGGCAAGUACACGGAAAGAGGUCAUCAUCAGGCUGCUGCACUUUCUCCAUGCCAUCUCUGAUUUUUGGCUCGCUCACUUGCAAACUGGCAUAUUCCUUGUUUUAAAAAAGGAAGGUGGUGUUAAUUCAUGAACUCGUUAUUUUGUAAAUACUGCAACAGCUCAGUUGAAUAAUUCUGUAAGAACUCUGGGGCUACACAGUCUGCUACUCCGUCCAUGCUGUGCCACGGAAAGGGUAAGCAGAUACCCAACUGUUGACAGGAGCCCCUUCGGGUGCCUCACUGGAGUUUCGAUAUCCUGGUGCUAAUGCAGAGAUAUUUUCAGCUGUGGUUCACAGGGUGUGUGUCUGAUGGGGAGUUCUUUGAUCAUUGUGAGCAACGUAUUCUUGCAGAUUAAGUUAAGAUCUAUGGGAUCUGAUCGCUUCUCUCAAACUGCCCUCAGAGUCUUAAGGCGUUUCACAGGAAACAACAGCAUGUGGUGUUUAUAAAACAACUGAAUUUCCUAAUUGCUGCCACUUGCUUUCCAGCUUCAAGUGCUGGAUUGGCCAAUUUCCAGCAGCUGUGUUGCCCUGAAUUCUCUCUAUGGGAUUUCUAUUUCUGUGGGAGUAGAAGUUAAAAAUACACUAACCUGGAAAAGUUUGAAGUAGUAACAAAAAAUGUGAUCUCCCAUGAGAUUGUUUCUUGCAAAUUCUUGUCCAGAUUUUGCAAUAUUUUUGGCCUGUCAAAGAAAAAUUUUUUUUUUAAUUCUCUAAAAAUGGUAGCUAUUUCAGGAUGCUACUAUUGAUUCUAGAGAGUUGAUAGUUUAGGACAAUUCAUCAUUUAUUUUUAUCUAGUGUUUACAUGCCCCCACACUGAAUUGUCCAUAAAACAGUAGCAUAAAUCUCUUACUGAUACAUGGAAGGGAUUAGGAAUUUAAGCAUUACUAAUUGUAAAAGUAAGGCAUUCUUAUGAAAAUAGUCUCCAAAAUUCCUAUUAAUUUCCAAGCAAAGGGCAGCAUUAUGUACUCUUAAAAACUGCUUCUAUUUAUGAAGUUGAUGAUGCUUAUUCUGAAGUCUUUCCAGAAGGAAACAACGGAUUUUAUUUUAAAGAAACGUACUUUUUGCUCCCUUAUUUUUCAAGAAACAUUGCCAAAUGUGUAUUUACCUCUUCAUCGUGCUCUUUGGCCCACUGUAGUUUUUCUAGUAGAUCGCUCAGGUCACUUUUAAAUGGAAUAUAGUGUUUCCACGGCUGCAGCUCAUUAUAAAAAUGCUCAUAGUAGAUGGAGUCUUGCUUUAGCACGACGCUGUUUCCUGCUAGUAGAUAAGGCAAUCUAUAUGCUGCCACUGUGCCAUCAAUGUUAAUUUGAUAUUUAUACU